ACUGCAGUCAAACAGCUGAUUUGUCCGUGUCUGUUUUCCCGUUUGUGCAAAAAAUAACAAGACACUUUUUCUUGGCAAGAUGUGGUUCGAAAUCCUACCUGGUGCUGCUAUCAUCACGGUGCUCCUGUCCGUGCCCAUAUACGCUACAUACGGCGUGCAGAAGCUCACCCUGGGCAAUGCCUUCCGUCGCAACAUGGACGAGCGUUUCAGCCGUGUGAUGUACCAACGCGAUUUCCGACUGACCGAUAAUCCGUACUUGAUGAAUGGACUUGAUGCCAUUCCCGAUGAGGAAGAAAACAAUCAAAAUAUCGAGCAGAGUGAAGAUGAUCAGUAGGAUUAAAAAACGUUAAAAAAAUAAAAAAAUGUUACGAUGUUAUUGCGAUUCAGAAUAAAGUCAAGGGCCUCCCCUUUGGUUUGGUUUUGGCUUUUGCCGCGCA